AUGAGCUCCGACGCUGAGAUGGCCGUUUUCGGGGAGGCUGCUCCGUACCUCCGGAAGUCUGAAAAGGAGCGCAUUGAGGCCCAGAAUAGGCCCUUUGAUGCCAAGAAUUCUGUCUUUGUGGUGGAUGCUAAGGAGUCCUACGUGAAAAGUACAGUGCAGAGCAGGGAAGGGGGAAAGGUGACAGUGAAGACUGAUGCCGGGGCUACUGUCACAGUUAAGGAAGACCAAGUCUUCUCCAUGAACCCUCCCAAGUACGACAAGAUCGAGGACAUGGCCAUGAUGACCCAUCUGCACGAGCCC